GGAAGCGGUCAUCGAUGCUAUAGCUGUAUGUCACGGUAUUAUGGUGUGACCUGGCAGUUUGCUGGCUAUUCCAGGAUCUACGUUGAACCGCGAGCUUUUACCGAUUCGUGCAAGAUCUACGUUGAACCGCGAGCUUUUACCGAUUCAUGCAAGAAUCCACUGUUACGUAAUGCCGACGUACCUUUUGCGUAUUGUGAGGAUAGCUCGAAUUGCAUCAGCAUGGUUGAAGAUCUCCGGAUAGGCACCGGAGCAAAAGGCUACAUCCGUGGCUGUUUUUCUUCGCUGUUUCUUGCUGGCUUCAACCGUACGGGAUCAUCUGGUGCUCUGGCAGCUCACUCCUUCUGCCACACUUUCAAUCUCACCCAGCUCAUCAGUCGAGGCCAUCCUCAGGAAAGCAGCAUGAGGUUUGUGCUCCUACUUUAG